UCCUCUGAUUUUGCCAUCUGUAUGUUGAUUUCCUGUCAACCAUCGAUUCAAGUUACCGAAUCCCAUCACAAAAUCUCCAUCAUUUCUUCUGUUCUCUCUCUCUCUCAGUUUUGUUUUGUUUUCAAACUUGGCCUCUGUAUUUCAAAGCGGUAGACACAAAUGGAAAAGAAGAAAAAAGGCCCCAAACCAAGUAGACUCCAAGAAGAAGAGGUAAACAACAACAGCUUCGAUGGUAGUGGUGGUAAUAGCAAGAGAAGAAACUCAAGCGACAAAAUGGAGAAUGAAAAAAGAGCAGCGACGAAAAGAGGGAGGCCCCACAAACAACAGAGGCGCCAAGAAGAAGAUUUGAACAACACCACCUUUGAUUGUGCUGCUGCUAAUAUAAAUGCUUCUUUUUCUUCUCAAGGGCAUGAGUCUGCAUCACUGGAUCAACCUAGGCCCCGAACCCGGUUUUCUAUGUCAUUUGGUAAAAAGAAAGCAGCAGUGAGCUCUCAAUCAAGAAUCCCACCUCAUAGCAUUGGUGGAAAUUCUUCUGAAAAUUCUAGCUUGUUGCUGGUGAAGCAGAUCCUAUUUGAAUCUAACAGUAUGGAUAAAGCAAACCAUGUUGCAUUGGAAGCUAAGGAUACACAUUCUGAACUUGAGAGUAUAAGCCCUGAUGAAGUUGUUGAAGCCCAGAAAGGUAUGGACCCGAGGAAGAAUGUGCUCGAUUUGCAGAAAUUUACAUCUGAGCUGCUCGCCCAAACUCAGCAACCAGAAUUGUCCUUCCAAGCAGGAGAAGCUUCUUCCUGCUCAGACGACCUUAUGGUGAACAACAGUCUGCUCGAAAGGGAAGCUAAUGUGGUCCCGAAUAUCUCUGCUCGAGCUAAUGAGAAUCCUACUACUACUCCAACUCGCAGCAAAUCUCCUCAAAAACACGAUGCCAUGUCCGACUCCGGGGAUGCCAUGAUCAUCGAUGUUGAGGGGUACAAAGUGAAGAAGGAAGUGGCGCCGCUCCUCAAGGCCAUCUUCAACAAGUAUGGAGACAUUGCUAAGGAAAGCUCGUUUUCUACGGAGUUGCGCUCGUCCAUUCUGGAUCUGGUCUGCACCAUUUAUAAGAGGUUGGAAGGUUCAAAACUCAUGCAGCUGACGGCGUUGGAGCUGGAGUCCAUGCUCGGACAAAUCGGAGACCUUAAACUUGUGAAGGUGGACGUCGGGUGGCUUCACGAGAGGCUGGAGCAGAUAUCCAAGGCUAGGCAGUUGUAUGAUGGGGCUUCGACGCUCGAGGAUUUGAAGGCGAGGAGCGUCGGGGUCAUCUGCGAGAAGCAGAGAGCAGUGCAGAAAUGCGAGGAAGAGCUGCAGGCGUGCAUGGCUGAGGCAAUGAAGUUGCAAGAGAGGCUGCAUCAGGAAAAGGAAGAACUGGAUGCUGCUCGGACCCUCGCCGACCAAAUCCAUAUCUCCGGUGGAUCUUUGGUUUGGGGACUUGUUUAGUUUCAAAUGCUGUUUUUUGGGAUCUGAUUUUGUCUGAAUUUGCAUGUUUUGCACCUGCUCAUUUUCGAAUGCUGCAUUUUGCCUAAUUUGAAAUGUCAAUGCUGUAGAAUUUGUAAUGCACUUUCCUCAAAAUGGAAUGUUAUGAGUUUUGAUUUGUUUUA